AUGACCGCAAGGCGUAUGGAGACCCUCAAAUUCCUUUCUGGUGGAGUUGCAGGAACCGUAGCAUCUGUCGUGACCAAUCCAUUAGAAGUUAUCAAAACACAAUUGCAAUCCUCUAACACGGCAUUGCUGGAAUCCAAGAGUCCCAUUGCAAUUGCCAAGGCCAUUGUAAAGCAAGACGGCAUUCCAGGGUUCUGGCGAGGACUUCCUCCAACACUAGUCGGAAUCAUACCCUCUCGAUCGGCUUACUUUUACGCUUAUCAACGAGUCAAGAAACUUUUGAGUCCCCGUCUACCGGAAGGAUCCCCUGGUAACGCUCUUGUCGCUGGAUUCACAGCUGGAAUUGUUGGCAACACAUUGACCAAUCCCAUUUGGAUGGUCCGUACCCGCAUGCAACUUAUGGUCGAUGCCAACGCUGGUCAACGAAUGUACAAUGGAUACGUAGAUGCCAUUAAGACCAUUUUCCAAGAAGAAGGCAUUGGUGGAUUCUACAAGGGAAUCACGGCCAGUUACUGGGGCUGCGCCGAAGGUGCGACACAAUUCCUCAUCUACGAACAAAUCAAGACACGUCUGCUCAAUCAGGAAAACGAGAGGCGAGCCAAAGCGGGAAUGCUACCUACUAGUGAACUAUCCAAGGCUAGCUAUUUUUGGGCGGCGGCCACCUCCAAAUUCGUUGCCGCUGUUGCGACUUAUCCCCACGAAGUCGCUCGCACUCGUCUUCGCGAACAGGCUAAGUCUGGUGUUUUCAAAUACAGCGGUAUGUGGCAAACACUGGGCCUCAUGUCGAAGGAAGAAGGUUUCAAGUCCUUGUAUUCGGGUAUGGGAGUUCAUUUGAUGAAGGUUGUCCCCAACUCUGCCACCAUGUUUUUGUGUUAUGAAAUCGUUCGGGGAUGGUUGGAUACGUACACCAUUGUGGCACUGGUUCCCACCAAGAAAUCAAAUUAG